CCCAAGGUGAUGUCGACAUCCUCUGGCUGAGGGAGGGCAAAACUGGACAAUGCGGUGCUGUUAGAGGAAGGAACAGCCUCGUUUCUCCUGUUCCGCCUCUUUUCUUCUGUGUAGGGAAACAGGCUGGGCAUCGAGCCAGUUUGAUUGUAAUGUUUGUAUGAGGAAUGUUUGCAGAGCGACUUGCUUCAAUUUGGAUGAACCUCAAGUAGGACAGGGCUGAGGAGCGAGAGCUGCUGCUGCUUUAUGACAUUUUGAAAUCCAAACAUGAAUUCAGCCGAGCAGACGGUAACGUGGCUUAUUACGCUGGGGGUCUUGGAGUCUCCCAAGAAAAGCAUCUCGGAUCCAGAGGCUUUCCUCCAGGCGUCUCUGCGGGAUGGAGCGGUGCUGUGCAAGCUGCUGGAGCGACUCAGACCCGGGACGGUGGACAAAUUUUUCCAGGAACCGAGGAGCGACCACGAGUGUCAGAGGAACAUUACGGAGUUUAUUAAAGGUUGUGGGGCUUUCGUUGUGGAGCCUUUCGAGGUCAAUGACUUGCUGCAGGGACUGAACUUCUCCAAAGUACUGAACUCCUUGGUUGCUCUUAACAAAGCUACAGAAGAUUUAGGGGUUUCUGGAGACACAGUGUGUGUGCCGCACUCCUCAACUCUGAGGAUCAAGUCAUUCGACUCUCUGAACACUCAGAGUCGCUCCUCAAAACUGCUGCAGCCUCAGUACCGCAGCCUGGAUAUGUCGGAGGGCAGUGGGUGUGGCCAGCUGCUGGUCAAAGCGCGCUUUCCCUUCCAGCAGACCAAUGAGGAUGAGCUCUCCUUUUUUAAGGGUGACAUCAUCAGCGUUAGCAGGCAGGAGGAGGGGGGCUGGUGGGAAGGCUCGCUGAACGGCAAGACUGGAUGGUUCCCCAGUAACUAUGUACGGGAGCUUAAAGGAAGCGACAAAACAGGGGACAAGCCAAAGUCUGGGACAUUGAAAAGUCCACCAAAAGGCUUUGACACUACCAUCAUCAGUAAGACGUACUACAAUGUGGUCCUGCAGAACAUCCUGGAAGCAGAGAGCGAAUAUUCGAGGGAGCUUCAGAGUCUAUUGGGUUCAUACCUUCGUUCACUUCACCCCACAGACAGACUCAACAGCAUUGAUAUCAGCCAUAUUCAGGGAAAUCUGGAGGAGAUCUCAAUCUUUCAACAGAUGUUGGUUCAGUCUUUGGAUGACCAGACCAAACUCCCUGAGAACCAGCAGAGGAUUGGAGGUUUUUUUUUAAACUUGAUGCCCCAGAUGAAGAUCAUCUAUGUGGCGUACUGCUCCAAUCAUCCAUCUGCUGUUAAUGUACUCACACAACACAGUGAGGAGUUGGGGGAGUACAUGGCGUCAAAAGGGGCAUCGAGUCCAGGGAUCUUGGCACUGACCACUAGUUUGAGUAAACCCUUCACCAGACUGGAGAGAUACCCUGCACUGCUGAAAGAACUGGACAGACAUAUGGAAGAGCAACACCCUGACAGAGCUGACCUCCAUGCUGUAAUGGCAGCCUUUAAAGACCUUGCAGCUCAGUGUCAGGAGGUGAGGAAGAAGAAAGACCUGGAGCUGCAGAUUUUAACAGAACCAAUCAGAAACUGGGAGGGAGAUGACAUCAAAACUCUUGGCCCAGUUCUCCACAUGUCCCAGGUCACAGUUCACACACAGAAUUGCCAGGAGUCAAAUGAACGCCACCUAGUCCUCUUCCCUCACACUCUGCUCCUGCUGUCUGCCAGUCUGAGAAUGAGUGGAUUCAUCUACCAGGGGAGGAUGCCAUUAACAGGAAUGCUCAUCUCUAGAAUUGAAGAUGGAGAAAACUUGCGGAACGCUUUUGAGAUAUCUGGAAGCCAUUGUGAACGGAUACAGGUAGCUUGUAACACUCAGCGCGAUCUACAAGACUGGCUAGACCUUCUCACCAAACACACACACACCACACCGCUUGCUCACACACACUUGCACAAGCCUCAGUCCGUCUGCCACACACUGCCCUCCCACCCCAUCACUCCAUCCAGACACUCAGAAUCUCGUGGGGGGAGCAGUGGAAACACUUACCACACCCUGCCUCAUGCCUCUUCUUAUGGGAUUGGCCACAGUAGCAGUCCUAUGUGGGGGCCCCUGGAGCCACCAAGCACCCCCAAACCCUGGAGCCAGAGCUGCCUUCGCCCUGCUCCUCCUCUCCGACCCGCUGCUGCUCUCUGCUUCAAAGAGGACAUGAAUAAAAGUCCUAAGAACAUGAAGAAGCUGCUCCCGAAGAGGAAGCCUGAGAGGAAGCCUUCAGAGGAAGACUUCACUGUCAGAAAGAGUACAGCAGCUUUGGAGGAGGACGCUCAGAUACUGAAAGUGAUUGAGGCAUAUUGUACCAGUGCCAAGACACGACAGACUCUCAACUCAACCUGGCAAGGAACUGACCUCAUGCACAACCACGUGCUGGCUGACACCGGGCUUACUGUGGCAGGUAUCCCUGGCAACCUGCCAUGUUCUGACCAGUCAGAAGACUCGGAUUAUGACAGUAUCUGGAGUUCCCAUAGUCACAGAACUGCCUCGUUUUCUCGCUCCAGCAGGAAGGAUGUUCAAAUGUUGUUCCCAGAAGAGGAAAAGAUUAUUGUUGAGGAAACUCGGAGCAAUGGGCAGACUGUAGUGGAGGAACGAAGUCUGGUGGACACUGUAUACAGUCUCAAAGAUGAAGUCCAGGAGCUCAAACAGGACAACAAGAGGAUAAAGAGGACCCUGGAGGAAGAACAGCGAGCGAGAAAAGAGCUGGAGAGGAUCGUCAGGAGAGUUCUGAAGAACAUGAACGACCCAACCUGGGAUGAGACUAACCUCUGAAAUCAAGAUAUAUCCAAACCAGGGACCAGUUCGGACUUUUAAAUGACCAAAAACAUUCAAGCCACGUGGACGGACGAUGCAAGUAGUUCAUGCUGCUUUUCGACAUCCAUCCAUUUAUUUUAGUUUAACUCUGACCGUGACCCAUGUGCCAAACUGUGGACCAAGAGGUAAUGCCUGCCAGCCAUCGGUGAAUCCAUCCCAAUAGACAAAAACGCUGUGAAGCCAUGAAGCUGGUAAGCAUGAAGACAUCAUUAUCUGCCAUAGCGUUUUCUUUUCUCUCCAAAUUAGCUACAUUUAGAACAAUCACUACUUCCUUGUUUAAUAAUGCUUUUGUUACUUAUUCCACUUUUUGUAUGAAAUCAGCUAUUGUAAGGACAGUGUUUUCUUUACUGUUCUGGUGCAUGAAUACAUGACUUAUACAUUUUCCAGGAAACACUCGAGCAGUAUAUAAUUUAAAUAUCAUUUAAAUAGAAAAAUGCAGAUGCUUUAUUUCAUUAAAAACUAUUUUAAUGCAGUUUCAAAUAGUAAAUCAUAGCGGCCCCACCUAAAAUAAGUCACAAGCUAAUUAUAAAGUUGGUUGUACUGCUUCUUUAAAUGAAACCUAAAUUAACAGCACUUAUAUUCAGCCUCGUGAGAUUCAGUCUAAUGAAAAAUUAAUAAAAUCUUAUUAUUAUCUUUUGAAAACUAAUGCAGCUGUGAUGGAAAUUUGCUCAGGAUUUACUAAAGAAU